GUUGCUGGGGUGUGGCGGUGAGUCAGUGGGGGAAAUGAUGUAACGUCCAAAAGGCGGGCUUAAUCAGACUUCUCCCUCCUCCCGAUUGGCUGCCAGGAAUUUGACUAGAUUCUCUUGUCUCUCGGGCUCCAGGGUUAGCUGUCAGUGUCUCUGUCCAGCUGUCCCCUGGCUCCCCUUUCCAUCUUCUCCACCUGGGGAAAGACUCCAAGGACAGUACUCAGUAGCACUUGGCUUCGGAAGAAGAGGUGAUUUGAAUGGUCUGGCUAUUGCCAUCAGGCAAGGCGCUUCGGCCCCCCCCCAGGUGCUGACCUGGACUCGGUCCAUCCCUUUCUAUCCAAAACUGUUCACCCACGGUGGAAGGGGCCAGGCACCCAAAUGGAUACACCACUAGUCAAUUCAAUGGGAGAGAAGGACAGCUGUCAACCGCAACAACAAGGGGAAAAGAACCUUGAAUUACCUACUCAGAUUAGGCAGCAUCCGCGAGACUCUCCUACGGAAAUCCUUGAACUGAGAGUGAGCCCAGAUCCAGCUAGCCAAAUUCUAGAGAAUCCUCAGGAAACUGAAAAACUGGCCGCUGAACUUGAAAGAGACUCUGCUAAGUCUCAUGGAUCAGCCAGUGCGAUGUCAGAGCCCCUUCAAGCUUCUGAUCUCUGGUACUGUCCUGAUGGCAGCUUUGUCAAGAAGAUCGUAGUCCGUGGCCACGGCUUGGACAAACCCAAGCUGGGCUCCCGCUGCAGGGUACAAGCUUCUGGAUUUCCUUUGGGGUCAGGGCUGCCAGAGGGCUGGACAGAGCUAACUGUGGGGUUAGGCCCAUGGAGGGAGGAAACUUGGGGGGAGAUCACAGAGAAAUGCUUGGAGUCCAUGUGUCAAGGCGAGGAGGCAGAGCUUCAGCUCCCUGGGCGCUCUGGACUUCCUGUCAGGCUCACACUGGCCUCCUUCACUCAGGGUCGAGACUCCUGGGAGCUGGAGGACACCGAGAAGGAGGCCUUGGCCAGAGAAGAACGUGCAAGGGGCACAGAAUUAUUUCGAGCGGGGAAUCCGGAAGGAGCUGCCCGAUGCUAUGCACGGGCUCUUCGGCUGCUGCUGACCUUACCCCCACCUGGCCCUCCGGAACGAACUGUCCUUCACGCCAACCUGGCUGCCUGUCAGUUACUGCUAGGGCAGCCCCAUUUGGCGGCCCAAAGUUGUGACCGGGUGCUGGAGCGGGAGCCUGGCCACAUAAAGGCGUUGUACCGAAGGGGCGUUGCCCAGGCUGCUCUUGGAAACCUGGAAAAAGCAAUGACUGACCUCAAGAAGGUGUUGGCCGUAGACCCCAAAAACCGUGCAGCCCAGGAGGAGCUGGGAAAGGUGAUCAUUCAGGGGAAGAAACAGGAUGCAGGGCUGGCUCAAGGACUGCGCAAGAUGUUUGGCUGAUUAAAAGUUAAACCUUAAAAGAGA